AUGUUCUCUCAGAAAGUUGCUCAGCAGUCGCUGCGACGGCUCGCCGUCCAGCAGCCCUACGCCAUGCGGUGGUCCAUGAUGAACUCCGCGUCCCCCGCCGCCAUCGCCCUUGGAAAGAACAUCCAGACGAGAUACACUGCCUCCACUACGAACACCUCCGACCCUACCAAGAUCCUUGAACAGCAGCGAUUGAACCGCCCCGUCGCCCCUCAUCUUUCUAUCUACCGUCCCCAGAUCACCUGGUACGCCAGUGCUUUCAACCGUGUCACUGGUGUCGCUUUGUCGGGAGGCCUGUACCUGUUCGCGACCGCUUAUCUCGCUGCUCCGCUGCUUGGGUGGCACCUGGAAUCGCCUUCUCUGGUCGCAGCUUUCGCCGCUCUUCCCAUCGUCGCCAAGGUCGCCAUCAAGGGUACUGUGGCUUUCCCCUUCACUUUCCACUGCAUGAACGGUGUGCGUCACUUGGUCUGGGACCUUGGUCGCGGUAUUACCAACCAGCAGGUCAUCAGGUCUGGCUGGACUGUGGUGGGCUUGAGUGUCGCUAGCGCUCUCUUCCUUGCUUUUUACUGA